GUGUCAGUACGGCUCGUGACUUGGCCGCGGCGAGAGCACGAGUUUCCGCGUGUGGUUCGGGAUCGGGAAUGCCGUCGGCGUUCCGGGAACCGCGAGUGCCGUCGGGCGCGAACCUCGAUCCCGCGGCAGGGCCGGUGUCGCGUUGACGAGCUCCGAAAGAGCCGAGUGCGCGGGGGUCGGGGGCAGACGAGAAGCGUGCCGGCCCCUCGAGUCGACCACCUGGAUAGAGCAACCGCUCCAGGCGGAGGUCGCGCCGAGUUCCCGCGGACGCGGCACCGGGCAUCGAGCGCCGUCGCCCGUUCCGCGGCGACGGCGGCACCUGCGAGGACGCGGGCCACACCGCCGGUGCGUUAGAUCGAAGAACCAGGGCGAUUUCUGCUUCAGCGCGGCGUCUGCGAGGAAAUCGAGAUGGUGGAGUUGAGCGGAAGCGGGCAAGCGGCGGCGGCCGCCGCAACGGCGGCGACGGCGACGUCGACGUCGUCGCAGCCCUCGGGGUCGCAGGCGGCGACGGGGGCGGCGGGACGCGCCGGCGUCCUGGAGACGCAGGUGCGCGGCCAGUGGUACCGGGUCUUUGUCUCCCUCGAGGACGACUACCUCAGCAUCUCCCUCGACGAGAGCUGCGAGGACGCCGGCCCGCUCAACGGCAACGCCAACAACAACGACAUCGACUGCCUCAACGACCCCGACGUGCCCGACUCGGUCGCCAACCAGAAGCGGGUCGUCCGGGUCGUCAAGAGCGACAACAACGGCCUCGGGAUCUCCAUCAAGGGCGGCAAAGAGAACAAGAUGCCCAUCCUCAUUUCCAAGAUCUUCAAGGGCCUCUCGGCCGACCUCACCGAGCAGCUCUACGUGGGCGACGCCAUCCUCGCGGUAAACGGCGAGGACCUCCGCGAGGCCACCCACGACGAGGCCGUCAAGGCCCUGAAGAGGGCCGGCAAGGUCGUCGAGCUCGAAGUGAAGUAUCUGAGGGAGGUGACGCCGUACUUCCGGAAGGCCUCGAUCAUCCAGGAAGUUGGAUGGGAACUGCAGCGAGGGUUCCUCAGCGCCACCCCGCCACCCCCCAAGUCACCCCCCAGGGCGGACACGCGGUACUUGCCCCUGCAGCUCUGCAGGCUCAUGAGAGCGCAUCCUUCCACGGACCCCGAGGGCCGCAUUUUGGAGCUUCACUCGCCCGAUGGGGUGCACGAGUGCUUGCUGAGAGCGGCUGACAGCGUCGAGGCGAACGUCUGGUUCAACGCGCUGCAUUCCGCCCUGGCGGCACUCACCCUCAAAGCUCUGCGAUUGGCGUCCGCGCUGCUGGACCCUCUCAAACUGCAGCACAUCGGCUGGCUCGCCAGGAGACACUGCAUUCAGAACGGCAGAGCGAGCAGCGAGAGCAGCGAAGACGGGGCCGGAAGUAGCGCCAGCACUUCCAGGGGGGCCGGAAGUGGAUUCGGCCUGGGGUGCACCGGGGGAUGGCGCAGCGUAUUUGGGGCCGUUUCCGGUCGCGAAUUGAGGCUCUACGAGUGCGCACCCUGGAGCCCCGAAGCUUGGGCGUCUCCCAGCAUCACCUGUCCCCUGAUCGCCACAAGGCUCGUCUCCUCGCCCAGCAGGCAGAACGAAGCACCAGGGAGCAGCAACGCCGGGGUCCAGCACGGUGCCACCUUCGCGGUCCGGGUCGGGACUAUCAAUGGCGUUAUCACGCAUCACCUGCGAGCGGAAACGCGUCGCGAUCUGGCCGCAUGGGCGCGGGCGAUCGUGCAAGGUUGUCACGCCGCGGCGUACUCGAUUCGCGAGUACACCGUCCGAUGCGUCUGGCAAGGCAGGUCCUGUCAGUUGAUAAUAAACCACGAAGACGGAUUCACAUUAUACGCCGCCGGGACGCGCGGCGUCACAGGAAACGGCGAAAGUCCUGGAUCUCCACCGACGCCUCUUUGGAGAAGACCCUUCGACAAACUCAAAAUGUCCGCCGAUGACGGAGCGAGACUCCUUUGGCUCGAAUUCGGCGGGGACGACGGAGAAAUUGAGCUGGACCUGGAGAGCUGUCCGAAGCCGGUGGUGUUCGUGCUGCACAAUUUCCUGUCCGCGAAGAUACACCGAUUAGGAUUGUCCGCAUAGGGGUACGAGGGGGCCCCGCCGGAGGCCCCCGAUUUGCCACCGCACACCACCAGGUCCGUAAUAAGCGUCUUUCUGCAUUGAAAAGCCAAAAAAAAAAAGAAGCAGCAGAGGCCGAUGCGGCAGCCCAAGGGACGCGAGUCUUACGGAGCACUUUGCUUUUCGGGGAUGCCGAAGGACCGGGAGAGGCCCGUCGACGAGCGGAUCCUCGAGGACGACCGUGCCCGGAAGCGGACGUUGACAGGAGCCAACGAGCGGCUCCGAGAAUCGGCGGGAUCCUUCGAUACCCUCGGAAAGCGCCCAAAAGAGAGCCAACGACUUUAACUUAAGAAAGUAUAGCGACUAUCGACGAGGAAGCGCGGCGACGACCGACUCGAAGCCAUCCACCCUGAACGAUUUCCGAAAAGAAUAAAAAAAAUAAGAAAACCGAGCGCCGAGGGGGGGUGGGGGCGGAAAAAAUUCGCGAUUUCUCCCCCGGCGAAACAUUCCCGAACUGGACAUCGAGGCGCUCGGAAUCGCUAUUAAUCAACGCGCCUAAUUAACUAACUAACGAAGCGAGCACGCGAAGCCGUCGGGCAGGGAGAUAGAGAGAUACCCAGAUUAUCGCUAAAUAUUAACGAAUUAUUACCGUAUAAAUAACGAUUGCGCAUUUGCAUGAUAACUGUAUCGGAGACACCGGGAGAUGGUAAACUCGACGAUUUAGCGGCUAAUUUAUUAUCGUCGGCGAUCCUUGCUGGUCCUGAUGCGAAGAAGCGUUCUCCAAGAUGGCGACCGACUCGCGCCGAGUCUUCGCGACCGCCGACGCUUUUUAAGCCCUGAUGUCGUCGCGAAACGUUCGGGAAAUCGAACGAUCGACUUCGGGAGCUCGUAUCGAAGGACCAGCGAGACGCUUAUAGUUGUUUUAUACAGUUCGUAUCCUUACACGAAGUAACGUAACGCAAAGUGUCGCGGGACGCUCUUAGCUCCGCCAUGACUCGUACUUGCGCAGGGACGCCGCGGUUUCGCGAUGGACUCCAAGGCCCGAAAAAACAGGGCGAGAAUUAUGUCGCCGGGGAUAUUAAUUUGCGAUUCCAUUACGGGUUAUGAAAACGGAGAAAGGAAUUAUCGAGACCGCUCCCUCUCUUGUGCAUAAUUGAGAAAAAAAAAUAAAAUAACGAUCGUUUCGUGGCUCUUAAAGAACUUGGGGGCUAAUCGUUAAUGGCAAAUGUUCCUUUGGGAUGGGGUGGAGAUGUCCUGGAUAUUUAAUUUAAAAAAUGGAAACGAGGUCGGAACUUCGGGGUCCAUCGCGAAGCAAUGAUACUAACCGAUACUAACUCGGCGGUGCGAGACGACGCGUCGCGGGAAUAACGCGGCGUUAAUAUUAACCCGACUAUCCGUUAACGAACGGCAGAAGAGGAGCUAAAGUAAAAAAACCUAUUCAUAAGACAUUCGGUGUGUGUAUAAAUUAACGGUGGAAGAGGGCUGUCGGAAUUUAGGAGUAUCAGCGCCGUUCUCCCGGACUUCAGAACGCGGCGGGUGGCGUACAAUAAAUAAGGAUUAGUAGAGACAUAUCAACGAAGUGACGUAACUUUAAUUGUGUCCAUUAUCAUCUUCCACGAGGCCCUCGAGACAGGUCGGCGAAAAUCGGGUUCCUCUCGCGGCGGAAAAAUAAUGAAAAUUCGAUCGGCCCACCCGAGUCUAUAAAAAUCCUCGACCAGCCCUUGUAAAUAAACAUCCAAAGGGAAGUGGAGGAGAAGGGACCGAGUAUUCCUGAAAUUUAGAUGGCUACGGAUCGAUCCUCGGAAAUCGGAUCACUCCUCGAUCGAUGGAUCGAUCGAUCCGCCCAGCGUGUCGCGGGGGUCGCGGGGCCAUAUCACGCGCACUGUAAACUUAUGUCGAAUGAGUUGACGACGAUUCGUUUGGAAAGGUUUUCGCGUAAAUUCCGUAUUUUUCUAAUAAUUUAGCCAUCGCAGAACGGCGCUCGCGACGUCGCGACUUCUCGCGUCUUCUUGGACGGUCGACGUCGCCGCGAGGUCGAGUCCUUUCUUUCUAGAUUAUCAGAGCUAAUUGUAUCUAUGAGUUACCAAAUAAACGAGCGGUUAGACAUUUCUCGGCGUUACAUUUCCGCGGAAUCGUCGAGUCCCUAUUUUAUAAGCCAGAGAAAAUUCAACCGUCCCCCCGGUACC